GAGAGCAACGUGGCUAUUAACGGACCGACGUAUUUUGCAUUUUAGACUUUUUUCUCGUUUCGGCUGGCUUUACACGUGUGGGUGGCGUACGCGACGUUACGCGUCGAGUUUGCCAUUCGAUAAAUCGACACGACGUACUACGAAACGUGGAAACUGAAAGGUGGAAGAAAACCGAAUAACAACGGAACGCAACGUCUCUUUUUCUUUCCUCUCUUGUAACGCGACUCGCCUGUAAUCCUUGCUGAAAUUCGUAUGGAGCGCGAACGUUGGAGAUUGCGGUUAGGUCACAGAUAGUUGGACAGUGAAUAUGGAUCGAAUUGAAUAAUUUAACGAAUUGAAUAAUAAAAGAAGCGCGAGUAUUUAAAUGCGUUUUGACAAAUAAUUAAUUGGACCGAUUAAUCGGCAAACGAAUAUUCCCUUUCGCGUUUGUUCAGUUUCUUCGAAUCCACCAAAUUCAGCAGCUUUAUUAGCUAAAGAAAAGCUUCUAAAGAAAACCAAGUUGGGAUAAGGAGGAUGCGCGACGUUCGACCCGAUGACAGCGUUGGCGAAUUCAAGCAACGUUUCGUUUCUUUGGAAUAUUGAAGUUGAAGCGCUAACUGUUGGAAUUAGGAGCCGAACGGGACGAGUUUCUUGGAGUAAUCUCCACUAAAGUAACUACUUUUCCAUAGAAGCGUUCACUUGCGAGAUAAAUACGACAAUUUACGUUCGUAGUAAGUCACGUCGGAGUAAGUAAAAAGAAAGAAGGCGUUGCUUUUGAUAAAAGGGAGCUUCGACGAAAUCCUUUUUUUCGUUCGACGAGCAAGAUCGUGAAAUAUUUCGACGUAAAUACCGAUAAACCACGAUACUUUUAUACCAAUUUAAUUUUUAUCUCUCGAAGGAAGAAGGAGAAGAACGAGCUUGCAUCGGCAUAUUCGUUUACGCGUUUCAACGUUUCACUAUAAUUAUUAUCGAGUAUUUCGAGCGUCUUAGACUAAUUUUCGUGGGCAUGAAUUAUCAGAAACGCCUCGGUUCUCUUCAUUCCGAGGUGAAACAGAAGGCGAACAGAAAUUAUGUAAGACGCUUUUCUGACCGGGCAUUUCGCUGCUGACGAGGAAAACAAAGUUUUCGCUUGAAAAGUUAUUGCUCGACUUCUCGUGGCAUCGGCCGAUUAUUUGAUAAAUUCGUUACGUCGAACGAAACUUCUUAGCCUCGUGGGAUAAUUUCAUGGUAGGUAGCAGAGGGAUGACGACGCCGCUCGCUUAAAUUUUUGUUCAUUUAUUGAGAUAUGUAUAAUUUUUGUGCUGGACUAGGUCAAAUGCGUAGUGGAGAUAUUUGUAUGUGGAUAUCAGUGUGUAGAGAUAUGUGUGUACACGGCGACUGAAAAAUAGACGAAUAUAAACAAUUCAGUCGGUUAACAAUCGAUAAAAGGUCGGGUAUGAAAGAAAGUGCUGAGACGCGUAUCGAUGAAUAUUCUAGAAAUCGUUUAUAAAAUAAAUAUGUGUCUACGUUAAUAUUAAUGCCCAGUGUAAAUUUAAUGUCUCCAUAACAAUAUUUCGGCCAUCAAGAUCCACAAUUCUCAACAUCAUUAAAUACUUGAUCGUUCGUGCGAAUUAAACGAGCAUGUGAAACGAUACUUUUCUUUUCGUUUGGUUGCCGUAUUUACGAACAAAGUAUCGUCUGUCCGAGAUCGUACGAUAUAAAAAUGAAAUCGAGCAAAGAAAUUGACUUUUACUCGGAUGUCAGGCAGUGGUUGGCGGCAUGGAUCGAUGAAAAAGGGUUACCGUGGUAAACCGUCGAAGAGGCUAACAGUCGGAGAUGGACUAAAUUUUAUUUCACACGGCAAAGCACCGUUUCCAACACAAAGAAUACCGUCAUCUCCGAACCGGAACAAGAUUAUUGCUUGGUUGCGAGGGAAACUUCGGAGCAUUAAUAGAAAGAUACUGCGAAAUUCGAAAGGACGAGAAGAAAGUCAAGACGGCGCCAUCGCAGCGAUCGAUGAUAAAUGUGAUAACUGUUCGUCGGAACGUGGUAUUACACAACCUGUACUUUCACCAUAAGGUUUGAUAAUUCUUCCAGGAUGACAGCCUUCAUGAUGGUUUCUUCUGAAGUACAUCAACAUCGUCGACAUCGUUCUUCGUGUGUAACUGUGGGAUGGCACGUAUUUAAGAAAAAAGCCUACGAAGAUAUUGGUCGAUGAUUCGAGAAACUCGUCCAACGAUGACGAAGAUAUAGGUGAAAGACAAGAUUACGAAGAUGUAAAUGAAUCGAAAGAAAGCGACAAUAAUUCCGAAGAAUUUAAUAACGAUACAAAUAAAUCAAGCUUCGUUUCGUCUUGGAAAUUAUCACUGCCCGAUGAAUUUGCAAAUAUAAGAUUUAUUAGUAACAAUACGUACAGCGGUCGUAUUAGUAGAAAAAUGAUGGAAGGUGAAGGCGUAUACAAAUGGUCUAACGGUGCUCGGUAUAAAGGAGAAUUCGAACAGAACCUUAUGCAUGGCAAAGGUCUAUUAGAAUGGAACAAUGUUUGUUGGUACGAAGGUGAUUUUUCGAACGGCUACCGACAUGGUAGAGGAAUUAUGGUGGAUGGAGAAAAUCGUUACAUGUAUACCGGUCAAUGGCAUAUGGGUCAAAGACAUGGGAAAGGUUAUUCCCGUUACUCUGACAAUGGUUCAUACGACGGUGAUUGGGUAAUGAACAAAAUGAACGGGAUUGGAUUACGAAUUUAUCCAAGCGGUGGCCGUUACGUGGGUCAAUGGAAGAACGGAGUUCGUGAUGGUAUCGGAACCAUGGUUUGGCCCAAUGGGAGUCUCUAUCGUGGGGAAUGGAAAUGCGGUGCAAUGCACGGCUACGGAGAGUACGUAUGGAAUGGAUUUUUUAAUAAAACGUUUGCUUGGCCGCAAGAAGCAUCGUACGUAGGUUACUGGCGUCGCGGAAUGCGUCAUGGCAAGGGGGAGAUAAAGCUGAAUUCUGUCGGUGGAGCUAAAUAUUCUGGUUAUUGGAAGGAUAAUAAAAAGCAUGGUUACGGAGUUAUAAUUGGAAGUAACGGGCACAAGUUUGAAGCUAAUCCAUUAUUUUCAAAUGAUAUUUUGUGUGCGCCGAACAUUGUAGCCGAUAAUUUAGAAACUGAAACGAAAACGAAGGAUGAAGGAGAAUACGUGCGGACAGAAAAAGAAAUAAAACCAGCAUUUGCCGAGAAACCUGGUCAAUUAGUAGAAACUUGGCCAACACCUAUUCUGAAGCCAGAACAGUUUCUAUGUUUAUCUUACUAUAUAACUCGUCUAUUGAAUCCAAAAAACAUGGAGCCAUCAUCUGUCGUACUUUCGGCUUCAUCUGGAAAAUGCUACAGUUGUGAAAGAGAAUCUUGUUCUUGUUUGGCACAUCCGCUUUCUAUAGAUACGAUUACAAGUGAACGAAACGACAUCACGCAGACACAUGCGUCUGAAUCCUACAGCGAGAAUAUGAUAGAAUCUGUCUGGAAAUACGAAGAAUGCUGGACAUAUAAUUGUUUAACGUUUCACAUGCUCCGUUUACGUGAAAUUUACAACGAUUAUGCUACGUUAUUUGCCAAGUCGGCGCCAAAAUGCAAUCUGGCGAUGAGUAGAUUAUGUUUAUGGCAAUUAUGGAGAGAUUGUGGUAUUCAUAAGAAAGGACUUAGUCUCACUGAAAUCGAUAGUUACAUUGGUGAACGUUAAUUGAUAACUACUGUUAACAUCAUUGUAUAUUAUAUCGCAGUACUGUACAAAAGUCCUUUUCUUGGACCGUCAGUAGUGAUCACUACAGAGUAGUAAUCUCACAAUGAUGGUAAUAAUAUUUUUAAGGGAUACGUAUUUGUGGUGUUUGACUUUCUUAAGUAAUAACGAUAAACUUAAGACAAUAUCAAGUAUCUUUAUAUUCAUUUGGUAGGUAGCCUAAAAUUUUGCACAGUACUGUGUACCAGUUACAUAUUGUAUAUGUAUAUGAGUAAAUUAGUUUUUAAUGCAACAAAACAGUACUUUGGAAUAAUAUCCGCUAUCGCAAACACGUCUCGGUAUAAAGUUCCUAUAUUAAUGUGAAUCGUUAAAAUAUUAGCGAAAAAUGAAACCACGAUGAUGAAAGAUCCUCUUCAUCCGUUCGAAAAGAUUGAAAUCUGGCAAUUUUUGCACGCCUUGUUAGAAGUUUCCUGGCACUUAUAUACUAAACACAACGACGAUAAAGUCGAAGAAAUGAACGGAAAAAUCGCUGGUGGUUUGCACAAAUUUUUAAAAAACUAUAUAUAUCCUCAUGUUGGAAAUCAUGUUGGUACGUAAGUACAUACCUAAUACGGUAAGAUUAUCAUAAAUAAGAUAAUAUAAAUGUAAAAAGUGGCUUUUGGAAAGGAAAGGUGAUAUUGUUAUGAAGACAAUUUAUGUCAUAAGGAAUAUAAUUUGCGUCUAUGUAAGUUUUUAGGAAUUUUCAUUAAACUAAAUGAAACAAAUGUUUAUGACUCUAUGAAACAGCUAGGAAGCCUUUGGUGUUCUUAAUCAUUUACACAGCGAAAACAACUUUUUUAAACAAAAACUUUUUUAAAUAAAAUACAAUUUUCCAGGUAGUCUGUGCCGUGAAAAUCAAGAUUUGCUACCUAUAUACUGCGUCUUUGAAUUGUACCAACAGAUUGGUUAUCCAAUUUCUGCAAAAGAUCUCCUUCGUGCGACGUGCGUUUUAAAACGUAAGCUGUGUUGUUUGUUAUUUAAAUUUUUCAAUUAUUAAC